GAUCACGCGCCUGAAAUAGGGAAAAGGCGCCAGCGGUUAUCGGACGACGGCCUUCAUGCGCAUCGCUGCCGCCGGGCCCGAGGCCAGUGGCGAAAAUGCACCGAACGUCGUCCACGUCCUGCACUCGGCGCGAGCGCUCGCAGGCGCGGCGACCCGCAUCCAAGCGUGGUUCCGGCUCUUCCGGCAACAAACGUCGUUUGUGGUCGUGCGCGAAAAGUACCUCCAACUGCUCGCGACGAUCGGAGACGACCACGUCGGCGUGCUGCGGAAAUGGUACUGCAUCUACCUGCAGUGCCGCCGCCCGCAAGCAAAGCCGCCGGUCCACGCGGCGUCCUGGGAGGUCGUGUCGGUCCACACGAUGCGCCGCACGCUGCAGUCGCUACCGCCCAACGCGUCGGAAGAGGUCAUUUAUGCGUUCUUGGAGGCGCUGCCGUCCCGAUGGCUGGUCGUCGACUGGACAGACCGCGACGACAUGGCCCGACGCGCCCGACGCGAUGACGACGACGAGGACGAAGACGAAAUGCGACCGCAGGACACUCUGCUCCACAUCGUUGUGCGGCGGUGCAGCAAUGUAUCCCGCGCCUGCUUGGAUCUCUUCCAGCACGAUGAAAGCACGAGUCUUCAGCACCUGGGGGCGCGCGACCAAAGCAUCGUGCACGCUGCCGCCGAAGGCGGGCAUCUGCGGACACUGCAGGCGCUUCUCGUGGCCGGUGGCAACAUGCACGCCAAAGACAUCUCGGGGGCCACGCCGCUCCACCUCGCCGCCGCCAACGGGCACGUGGCCAUCGUACAGUACUUGGCCGAGAUGAUGCACAUGCCGCUCAACGUCACGACCGAGAGCGGCGAGACCCCGUUGCAUCUCGCGGCGACGCACAACCACGUAUCCGUCGUCGGGUACCUCUUGUCGCAAAAGUGCAAUCUCAACGCGGUGACCACGGCCCACUUUUGCUCGGCGCUGCAUUCCGCCGCGACACGUGGCCACCUCGACGUCGUCAAACAGCUCUUACAGGCGCAUGCGGACGUGCUGCCCAAUGCCAUCGGCAACACGAUCCUGCAUGUCGCUGCGGAGCACAACUACACGGACAUGUUGGCCUAUCUAAGCUCCUUGCCGCACAUGGGCAACUUUGCCAUGGCCGCCAACAACCGCGGCUACUCGCCACUGCACGUUGCCGCCGUCCAUGGCGCCAAGGACGCCUACGCACUGCUCAAUGCCAACCCGUGGCGCAGCAAGCCUGCGCUUGGACUUGUCGCUGACUAUGAAGGAUACUUCCCGUUCGCGCUCUUAGCGCAAUCGGACGGCAUCACGACCGACGACGCGAUUGGACGCUACCUGCCGCGCACCGAAGAAGGUGCGGACGAUGUGCCAAUGUGGCAUGCAUGUGUCUUCCAGCAAGUGCUGCACACCGCACCCGAAUUUGCGUGGGCCGUCUUGGACGCCUACGCGAUCGCGGCGACCAACCAGCAUGGCGCCCCGGCGCUCAGCAUGCCCAAGUUGGAUGAGAUGUACGGCGCUGAUAUCGAGUCGUCGCUACUCGGGAUGCUUCUGGACCGUCUCGAUGUCGCGUCCAAGAACGACCGGUCGGUGCUCUUGCGGCUCUUGCAGCACCCGAUUCCGUCGCGCAUUUUGCGCGUCAAGUGGAAGUCGUUUGGUCGACGCAUCUACUACAUGCAGCUCUUUGGCGCGGCCUUGCUCCUGGUCACCCUCACCAUUGGCAUUGCGAUGGCUCGCCCGAAUACGUCGUCGGGCAACGCGACGCAGCCGGCUGCCACCUUUUACGUGUCGCUCUUUCUCUGGAUCGAUUUCGUGCUCGUGUCCAUAGCGGCCAUUGCCAUCAGCUGCGCGUACGAGCGCGUGCUGCGGUACGUGCGCCACGGCGUCAUCCGGUUCCUGCGUGUGACCAAGGCGGCCGUGACCUCGCCGCGCUUUCUGGCCACGUCUCGGCACUUGCCAACCCGACCGACAAAAGGGGGGUUUCUCCGACGCCGGCUCAAGGAGCUGCUGCUGCGGCACUGCGUCUCGCCCUCGACGCCGUCCACAUCGCUCGUCAACACGGUGCUCGCGAUGGGUUUGCUCACAGUGACGACGAGCAUCGCUGCAUGGCUAACGCUCUUUGUGCUCUUUGGCCUCGGCAGCGCCACCGACGCCUCGCCGCGCACGGCUUUUCUCAACCUCAACCUUGCGGUUCAGUGGCUAGCAACGCUGUACAUGUUGUCGUGGGAAGCUCUCGAGUGGUACGGUGCGCCACGCCGGUACUUCACCUCACACUGGAAUUUCAUUCAAGUCACUGUGUACUGCACCUUGUUGCUGCUGCCAUUAAGUGCACCUUCGGACGAGACGCAUGGCACGCUCUUGGCGCCGCUGGUGCUACUCUCGUAUCUGAAUUUCCUAGAGCUCCUUCGCUUCCACGACUGGACGGGCCCGAUGAUCUCGAUGGUCCACUACAUGCUGCGGGACGUGCGCAAUUUUCUAGUGCUAUACAGCGUGUUUCAGUUGGGCUUGACGUGCGCGUACUAUGCGCUCCUGCAAGGCCAGCUUGGCUUCUCGACCUUCUCGGAGGCGUUCGUGUCGACGUACCUCAUCAUGUUUGGCCUCGGCGACGCCGAUGUGAUGCUACGCUCAGCGCCGUACCCCCAGCAGUAUGUGCUCACGAUUUGCUUCAUGCUUCACUUUCUUAUUGUUGUCAUUGUGCUCCUCAAUGCGCUCGUUGCUACCAUGACCAAGUCGACAGAUGCCAUCUUGGACCAGGUUCAAGACCAAGUCGCUUGCAAUCGCGCCCGCACGAUCCUGCGCGCCGAAGUGACUGUACCGCACCGCCUUCGCGCGUCGCUCUGGGCGACUCUCCGAGCACGCGCAACGAAGCGGGGCGACUUGUACUUGUUCAAACCUACGACCGUGUCCAAAGACUAUGAACAAGUCGACGAUGACGACGGCAACGAUGCUAGCGCUGCGAUGCAAGCGCUGGAAAUUCGCCUCGCGCAAUGUGUCGACACGAUCGAGAGCCUCCGACGCGCGCAAGAGGACAUGGAAGCCCGGCUUCUCGCCGAGUCGGCCAAGACCCAAGACGCCCUCGCGGCGCUCACUGCGCUCCUCGCCCAGCCACGCGCGCGAAAACUCAAGCUCACAGACGUCGAAGCGCGGUAGAGACGCAAAGCUGUUUGUUCAUCCUGUGCGUCUUGGUACAAAAUAGCUAUUAGGACCGUGCACUAAGAAAACAAUCAGAAAGGUGGUGUCGACGACAUGUGGACGUUUGGAUUUGCAUCACGUGCUGUCAGCGAACGACCCAAGCAGCGUGAAGAGCUCUGCCUACUAAAGUCCGAGGUUCCUACCGACGUCGGAGCCUCGAAGGCCUUGACAAAGCAUGUCGUCAUGGGCCU